GUUACAAUGUGACUAAUACAACAUCACGUUUGUAAGUGCAAUCAGCUGACUUUCAGUCAACGAGAUUUUAACCAGAGCCCUGGAAUGAGAUUCCAAGAUUUAAUAUAAGACUAAUGUGUAUUAAUUUAGGAUGACCAUGUGGUUGUCAGAUAUAGAUAUUCAACUUGAAACACUUGUUCGAACCAUUCAAUUGAGGACAUAGAGAUAAGGAGGCUUUGCGGUCAUUCGUUCAGAAUGAAAGGUACUUGAAGACCGUCAAACCAAAAUAAGAUUCAUUUUAGUGGGCAUUCAUCUAUAAUCUAGGAAUAAGUCCUUAGGAAAAAAUGACGGAAAAUGGUAAAAUUAUUGAAGUGAAGCGAACGGAGUCGGAGGAAUCCCUCGAUGAAGGGGAUUUGGAAGAUUUCAUCCCGACACCCCCUGAUGGUGGAUGGGGCUGGAUGAUAGUCUUAGCUUCUUUGUUUUGUAACAUCAUUGUGGACGGUAUUGGAUAUGCCUUUGGAGUACUGCUGCCAAUAUUUUCGGAAUAUUUCCGAGCACCAAACAGUAAAGUUGCUUUGGUUGGGUCCCUGUUGUGUGGAGUCUAUCUGUGUGCAGGACCGAUAGUGAGCGGGCUUGUCAAUAAAUUUGGAUGUCGAGCAGUCGCUUUUACAGGAAGUAUUGUCGCAUGUGCAGGAUUCCUGUUGGGAUCAUUUGCUCCAAACCUAGAUUUACUUAUAUUAUUUUAUGGGGUUUUUGGAGGUCUUGGUUUUGGUAUGAUAUAUUUACCAUCUAUCGUAAGUGUUGGUUACUAUUUUGAGAAGAGGAGAGCUGUGGCAACAGGUAUUGCAGUCUGUGGCUCUGGUAUUGGUACUUUUAUUUUCUCCCCACUAAAUGAUUACUUGUUGAAAAUAUUUGACUGGAGAAACUUGUUGUUCUUACAAGCUGGAAUUAUUCUGAAUUGUCUCGUUUGUGCAAUGUUAAUGAGACCGUUAGAGCCAAAAAAGAAAAAGAAGAAGGUGAUAACCGAAGAUGACAAGGACGAAAUGCGUCAUCACUUUAAAGUCAAAGCUCAAAGAAACCGGAGAAUCACAACGGAGUCGGAGUCUAGUGUUCAAGACCUCAAAACAUUUGCCAAAUUGAGGGAGGCAAAACUUAUGAGAGAAAAUAAGUUGAACGAAGAGGAUUCAGACAUUUGGUCAGUUCCAAGUGAAUAUUUUGUCAAGGGAAAUCCAGAAAGCAAUCCUGGUAGUCCCACCGGCACUCCGAAAAUCAUAGUGACUCCCAAUGAGUCUGUAACAAAUACAGACUUGUCCAUCAGAUCGUCCAUCAGAUCGCAGUCUUCUAAUACAGAUAAGAAGGUGACAGUUUCUGUCGACGAUAAAACAGAUAAAUCGCAACCAGAUAUAAAAGUAAAUCGGCCAUCCAAUGGAAUAGCAAUUGCUGCUUACGAAGUUCAACCAUUGAUAGAAAAUGGCUAUACAAAAGUAAAGGAGGUGAAAAAGCCUAAACUUCACCCACCUGCUGGUUCACAAAUGAGGGUAGGAUCAUACCGAGAUAUUGUUGCUCAUAAAGACGACUUUGCUAGACCAUUGUAUAAAAAAGACAUAUUUUACAGCGGAAGUAUCGUCCAUAUCCCACAAUUCCGUUCUCAACCCAAUAUGGAUAGCUAUGUAACCAGUAUUACAUCAAUUCCAGGUGUGUCAGAGGUUCCAAAAUCAUCAGUAUGGGAUAACUGUACAUGUUUGCCAAAAUCCGUCGUAGACACGUUAAAAGAAAUGUUAGACUUUUCUUUAUUGUUAGAUUUAAACUUUGCUUUGUUGUGUCUAGGGAACUUAUUUGCCAUGUCAGGAUUUUAUGUUCCUUUCACAUUCCUUGUUGACCGGGCUGUACUUUUAGGAGUCACCAGUACAGACGCAGCUUUUCUACUUUCAGUUAUCGGUAUUGCCAAUACUAUUGGUCGAGUUUUAGCAGGGCUGUUGGCUGACAUGAAGAACGUCGAUGCACUUGUCAUCAACAACGUGGCCCUUGUUAUCAGUACAAUCAGUCUGUUUCUGCAGCCAUUAUGUACAACAUAUGAACUGUUAAUUGUAUUCUCUGUGGUGUAUGGAUUAUGUGUUUCUGCCUACAUUUCACUGACAUCAAUAAUCUUAUGUGACCUGCUAGGGCUCAGUAAGCUGACCAAUGCUUUUGGUUUGUUGACAUUAUGUCGUGGUAUUGCUGGUAUAUACGGCCCUCCUUUGGCAGGCUAUGUACAACAAAUAAGUGGAAGUUAUGAUGCAUCUUUCUUUCUUGGAGGUGGAAUGUUUUUAGUAGGAACUUUAUUCCAUUUAGCGUUACAUUUACCUUGUGUUAAACGUAACAAUGCAUUCACAACCGACACAGAAAUGAAUUUCAUAGCUGACGAUCCUGCAGAUGAGCCAGUGGCAGUGUAGAAUACAAUUUCAAUGCAUUUAGUUUCAUGUUCUAAAUUCGUUAGUUAGUUGUCUCCCGAGGAACGUUUUUAUUACUGAUAUUUUUCAAUUAUUAUUGUUUCUUUAUUAAUCCAGUUUUCAGUAGAAUGUGGUCUAUAUGGAGAAUAGCUUGUCUUUUUUAUACGUGCUUUAUUUUCUAAAAACUAUAUUUAUAUAAGUUCACGUUUACUACAUGUGUUACAAUCAUACAUUCAAUCAAAUUACGUCAACAAGACUUAAUUUGCAAUAUUCAAUUUUUCAUGAAAGUUUUUUCCUCUCUUGCAUGAUUAAAGUAGUGGCAUCUGAUGAAUAUUAUAUAUUGUGAAUUGAAGUGAUUGUCUUAUAUACAAUUGUUCAAUUAAGGGGGUAGGUCACCAUAGUUAUUGAAGACAACUCGUUAUAUCUGUAAGGCGUUUGCAAUACAUGUAGUCAGUUUCAUAAAUGGGGUUCCAUUCACAAUACAGAAACGUGUAUGUUCCAAAAUACAAGAAGGUGCUGUAAACUACAGAAUAAGAAAGAUUAUAUCAGACUAAAAUAUACUGCAUUUAUAUGCUUUGUUGCAAUUUUAGUAAGCAUUAUUUCAUAUUUUGCAAUUUUUUUCCGUGCAAUGCAACAAAUACCAAAUGAUGUUCAUGUUUGUUGCUUAUAAUUUAACAUGAGCUUUCAACAUCAUGAUUGUAAUGCCAAUAUUAUUUUGAACCAUAAUGUUUGUAUCAGUUCAUUCCAUUUCAUAUUCUUAAAUCGUAUAUUUUGAAUUCUUAUCAAGAUAUAUCAGUUUUUGAUUUAUAAUGCUCUUCGUUUAUUGUAAAUUCUAAUAACACUUUAUGUGAAUACAUAUAAGCAGUUUACCUUCGUUCAACUAAAACUGCAAUAUGAAUUUAAAUAUUUGAUUGUAAACAAAUGCCUGUAUUUUGUGCAAGAAUUGAGGUAUGAAUGUAUCUAUUUUAUUUAGAUAUUGUAUGAUAAUAGGAGGGAUAACAUGUGAGUGAGAUUAGUUUUAUGCAUGUAGAUAUAAUGUUGAAUAUGAAUAAUAUGUUAUAUAUAUUUGUCUGAAAGGAUGAUUUCAUUUGUAUAAAUGUGUUUUAUUGUUUCCUUUUCCAAAGCUCCUUUUUUAUUUAUAAGGACAAAAAAUUAUGGUUUAUUUCUAUAUAUUUACAUCAUCAUAGUUGAUAAUGAAUGAUAAUUCAUUACAAUUUUUCUUUUCAAUUUUAUAUAUAAACCAUGUUCAUUUGCUUAUUCUAAUGUGAAAUGAAAAUCUGUAUAUAAUGGAAGAAAAUUGAUAACAAAACAUGCAUUAUUCAAUAGUUAUGGAUAACGUAAACAAAUCUAUACUUUCUAAGUCAACCAUGUUAAGGCUUUAUUUAUUUAACCUCAACUAUAAAAGGCUAUUUAAUAGGUACAAUAGACAUAGUUUGGUUCUUUCGACUUUUAAAAUCUCAAUGUAAGUCACAUAAAACACUACAAUAUCAUAACCAUUGCAUUGAAUUACUAGUGCUUGUUUCGGAAAUUGUAACUCAUUUAAAAACUACCUUUUUUUUGCUGUUUGGUAAAAAGUUAAAUUGUUAACAUUACUGAAAAACGGAAACAACACUUUAAUGUUGGUAUGUCCAAAGUGUUUUUCUGGCUUUACCACGAACGUUCAAACCAAAACAUUCAAAAGCCAAUACUGAAUAGGUGAGUAGCUGUAUGUAUAGCGAUUAAUGUGUAACUGCUUUUAGGAUUACCUAUCUAGGCAUAGACUGCGUUAGCCGUAUUUUGCAAAAUUUGUGGUUUUUAAGGCUCUUCAACACCACUGUUUGAUUUGGGCUGCCAACCAUUUUGAAUAGACCGCAUAUGAUUAGUCUUGUGUAGGCGUAACGCGCGUCAGACAUACCUAAUUAUAAGCCUGCUAUCUUUAGUUAUUUUUUUUAGAUAAAUGAUAAUUGUGUAAAACACAAGUACCGUAUAUUUUAUUGAUAGUAUAAUCUGAAAAAAUGUAUGUUUGUGAUCUACAAAUUAAUCACUGUCUUCAAAUUCUGAUUUCAAGUUUAUCAUGUCAUUAAAUUGACUGGAUAUUGGUUACUAUCAAAUAUAUUAUGAACUCUUUCUAGACUGUGCAUUAGUAUAUCAUAUUAUGAAUUAGAUACUUGCAUCAUUGCCAUGUAUCACUUUUUAGUUGGACCACUUUUUUCACUAAAUAUCUUAUAAAAAUAAUUUUGUUACAUUUCAUUACGGGUGAUAUCCAUUUCUUGCUUUUUAAUGAGACAAUUUUGAAGUACGUUUCUUCCUUUGAAUUGAUCAAGAAUUGUAAAAUUUACAAAUAAGGUAUAUAUUUAUUGUUAGUAUGUGUAUAUUUGAUAUUCUUAUAUUUAUUGCAUUUUUACAUUUUUGGUCAGUUCAUAGAUGCAUACAUCUAUAUAUGUGGUCAGUGUUAUUGCGUGGUAUGCAUAAAAUAUUUCAAGGGUUUAUAAUGACCAAUAAGAAAGAUUUUACACCCGUUUUAUUUACUCGACAACAGGACAUUUUAGUCAUUAUUAUUUUAUUCAUUGGGCUACAAUGAGGAAUUGCCAUUAUGGUUUUACAGAACAAUAGCGCUGUCUGAACAUACAUAAGAUGUACACAAUAUUGAGGAGUUGGUAUUUCUCAUAUUUUAUUCAAAUAUUAUUGAAGAUUUUAUCUGUAUUUGUUUUCAAUUACAGGAUUUCGUAAAAAUAUCUGUUUUAGGGAAGCAUCGCUUACACACACACUGCAUAAGAACUUUUAUCCAUAUUUAUCAUUAUUUAUAGACUUAUACAAGAAAACUUUUAAUUUUUGCAUUAAAUAAUAGAACAUUUAGACUACCAUUUGUAUAUUUAUGAAAUAUUUAGUUUUAGCUAUUAAACCAUACCAAGAUUAACUUUGGUAUCAUAUUAAAUGUCAGUUGUAAUAUAUGAAAAACAUUUUUUUUUGUUUUAAAAUGUUGACUUUUACGAUAUAUUUUAUUUUAGUGAUGUAAUAAAAGAUGUAGGAGAAAGAUAUCUUGCAUAUUUUCAAACGUUCUUUUAAUAAAAUGUAUCUUUCUAAA